AUGUCUUCAAAAAUUGCCCUCAUUUUUGGCUAUGGGCCGCGAAUUGGUGCUGCCGUAGCUCGUGCUUUUGCCAGCCGCGGCUACAAAGUGGCGGUUGUCUGCCGCUCAGAUAAACUAGCGGAUACUCCCGAUGAUUAUCUGUCAAUCAAAGCCGAUCUAUCGAACGCGUACAAUGUUGAGGAUGUAUUUGCUCAAGUUCGAAACAAACUAGGGAUUCCAAGCGUUGUUGUGUAUAACGCCUUUAUACUUUCCAUUCAAGGAUUUGAUCAGCCCUUGUCGAGUGUAAUCACAGAUGCACACGUCAACACGUUUUCCGCUUAUGCCGCCGCCCAACAGGCAGUCAAGGGAUUUGCACAAUUACCUUCAGAUGCAUCCAAGACGUUCAUUUAUACUAGCAAUAAGCUACAUAUUAUGACUUUGGAGCCUCUAAUUUCGAUGGGCAUGGGAAAAUCAGCGAGUGCUCACAUGAUUCAUUACCUUUCUGAAGUUUACAGGAGCUCUGGCUACAAGUUCUAUCACACAGAUGAGAGGGAAUCAAAUGGAGAGCCGGCAUAUGAUAAUCUGGACGCCGAGGCUCAUGCAGACUUCUAUAUUAAAUUGUCCGAAGAAAAGGACCAAGGGCCCUGGAACGCAACUUUCGUCAAAGGAAAAGGGUACGUCAAGUUCGAUGAGAACCCAAUACAUGGCGGCCGCUUUCCCGGCGCGUGA